AUGCACUUCCUCUGGUAUGGUCUUGUGAUGUUUGGAACGAUUGCCAUUGCAUUUGCAUUGUACACCCUGGUAAUGAUUGGAUGGCGCAAAUCCCAUAAUCGGUUUUCUCAUCCAGAAUUAACCAGCCCUGCAGAGCAGAACAGCAAUGUUUCAAUGAACCUGAGUCCAUAUUCGGCUUCAACAUUCAGGUACCAGAAAGGAAUAAGAAAUACAGAAGCACCUGAAACUGAAUGUAUUGUCUGCUUAUCAGAAUUUCAGGAUGAGGAAUACGUUCGGCAGCUUUCACAUUGCAGGCACUCAUUUCAUGCUCCUUGUAUAGACAUGUGGCUUUACUCUCAUUCUGACUGUCCCCUUUGUCGCACACCAAUCCAUCGACUGGAUUCUGAAGAUGGUGUACUGACAACAGAGAACUCCAUAGAGGGCAUGCUAGAUGUUAGAAUUUCAUCUUGA